GCCGUCCGUGGGAUCCGCCGCCGCCAAGAGGCCCGACGUGCGGCCCGCGGCAGCGGCCCGCGGCGCCCGCUCUCCCGAGGGCGGCGUCGUCCCGGCCUGCCUGGCCCUCGCCGGGAUCACGCUCGCCAGAAGUGGCGCCAGAAGGCAGCGCCGCGGGCGGGCCCCGGGCGGUUCCGUGGUGGCGCGCCUGGCUCGCGGCGGCGAAGCGGACUUCUACGGCACGCUGGGGGUAUCCAGGCAGGCCUCCGACAAAGACAUCAAGUCGGCAUUCCGGAAGCUCGCAAGGCAAUAUCACCCCGACGUGAACAAG